AUGCCACGACCUCGCACGUUUACUAGAGAUCGCUUAUAUAUUCUAGUAGGAAUUGCCAUAGUGCUUACGCUCUUUGCAGGGUUUCAAAACCUUCAAAAUGGGGUGCCAGUGGGCAGCAAUCUGAUGUCGGUUGACCAACAAACGGAGGCCGUAGCUGCUUUGUCAGAUAAUGGACAAGAACCGAUACUGCGGGUAUCUGAUACAAAUCAGAAGGAGACAUUGAGUAUUUCAACGUUAAGUCUUAAGAUGAUGACGUUUAACUUGAGAUUUGACGGCAUUGAAGACGGAUUUAAUAGCUGGAUUUAUCGCAAGGAUCAUGUGGCAGAUAUCAUUGAUCGUUAUCAUCCAGUCAUUAUGACUACUCAGGAGGGACUUAAGAAACAACUAGAUGAGCUGGAGAGCUUGCUCAAGUACCCGUACAAACGUUUUGGUGUCGAGCACGAUGAGAAUGGCGAGUUUGAGCAGAUUUUCUACGACGCAGAAGUACUGGAACUUCUGGACAAUGGAGACUUUUGGCUUUCGAAAACACCAGACACACCAAGAACUCAAGGUUGGGAUGCCGCAUGUGUGCGUAUAGUGACAUGGGGGAAUCAUCGUGAGGAGAGCUCGAAACUGCUAUGGAAGCGAAUGCAGCAAAUUGCAGGAGAUGCUCCGCUUUUUCUCAUGGGCGAUUUCAACCAGUUUCGCCACACAAGCACGUACAACUAUUUUACAUCUCGAGAGGACGGACCUCGAUUACAUGAAGCCUGGCCAGAAGCGGUGAAGCAGAUCGGGGAUGUUUCAUACACGUACCAUGGCUGGGCUGGUGUUAAGAAUGACGAAGAAAAGAAUGCUGUUCGUGCUGCCAAUCAUAUUGAUUGGAUUUUGUUUCGUCCACAGAUGACAGUGCUGACGACGGAAGUUAUCACUGAAAGUCGCAACGGCCGUUACCCAUCGGAUCACUACCCCAUUCUGGCGGAAGUCCUCUUCCCCGGCCCUGCACAACCUUCUCCGCCGCACGAUCCUUAG